UUUCAGACCACAUUUAUGGAGAUUGCAAUGUCUGUGUUAAACCUGUCUGGGGAUGAGUCCCCUGAGUGCCCUCUGUGCAUGGAACUGCUGGAAUUAGACGAUAUUAAUUUCUAUCCUUGUGUAUGUGGAUACCAGAUUUGUAGAUUCUGUUGGAAUAAACUAAGAACAGAAGGAAACGGAUUGUGUCCUGCUUGUAGACAGGCAUACUCGGAGAACCCUGCCGACUUCAAACCUCUGACAAGCGAGGAAAUUGCCAAGAUUAAGGCAGAAAAGCGUCAAAAGGAUCAGGCUAAAAAGCUAAAGAUUUCGGAGAACCGGAAGCACUUGGCGAAUGUCCGGGUUGUGCAGAAAAAUUUGGUCUUUGUCGUUGGUCUUUCCCCCCGGCUAGCGGAACCGGAAAUACUCAAGAAACAAGACUAUUUCGGGAAAUUUGGGAAAAUUCACAAAGUAGUUAUUAAUCAUAGCACUCAGUAUGCGGGCUCUCAAAUUCAGGGCCCUAGUGCGAGUGCGUAUGUGACAUACUACAAAUCCGAGGAUGCCUUGAGGGCUAUUCAGGCCGUCAAUAAUAUUUAUAUUGAUGGGAGGACCCUUAAAGCAUCUCUUGGUACUACUAAAUACUGUUCUCACUUCAUGAAGAACCAAGCGUGUCCUAAGAACGACUGCAUGUAUCUUCACGAAUUAGGGGAUGAUGCCGCUAGUUUUACUAAAGAAGAAAUGCAGCAAGGGAAGCACACUGAUUAUGAAAAACAGCUUCAUGAUGACAUGAUUGCUGGACUGUCAAGUACUCCGGUAGGAGAGAGUCCACCCUCACCAACAACUACUCUGCAACAAGACAGGGAAAGAGAUAUGUACGGAGGACUGCGAGGUGGUAUGGGAGGAGGGGGUGGAGGUGGUGGUGGAGACCCUGCCUGGCCAGAUCUUGGGAAUAAUAUUCCAGGAACCUUCAAGUCUAGAUUCAUCAGCUCCAGUAGCAAAGAAGACGAUAAAUCGUCGAAAUCAAAAAGUAGUGAAUCGAGUGACGAGGAGAGUGGUAUUCUACCCCCAGAUGAUCUAGUUCCAGCUCUAACUCCUCCUCCAGACCCUAUACAACCUGCAGAUUCUCCAGAACCUGCUGAUGCGCCACAUUUAACAGGAAACCUUACCGAAGAACCAGGCUGGUUCGAGGACGACUUGAAUUAUGGAGAAGAAGAUGAUUUAGGAUUUGAUCCGUUCCACGAGACACAAAAGGGAUUGGCCGAUCUUCUAGAGAGUGAGAGUAAAGCAGCUGAAGCCCAGAAUAAUCAGGUUCCCACCCCCGAACCGGAUUGGCCAAGUGCUGCCCCGCCCAGCCGAGCUCGGGCCCCGCCCCCAGGAUUUCAUAAUCCCUCCCUAACCCAGCAGCAAACCCCGUACAAUUUUAUGUCAGACCACUCCCUGAACCGUCUCCUCUCCGGGGCUGGGGGAGUGGAUUCUUUGUUCACCCGAGGACAGAGUCAGUUGGGAGGACGUGGUGGACUUCCAGCUCCAGGGUUCGGUCCUCAGCUUACCGGUCAGUCGGACCUGAUGUUCAACCAGCUCGGGAAACCAAGCUCUAUGCUCGAGCACAGUAGGAUGUUGUUCGAUCAUAAACAACCACUUCACAGUUCUCUCGGAGAUGGGUUCGGAAACAAGGACUGGCAGGACGGUUUGAGAGCACUUCUUCCAAACGUAAAUGUCAGUUUUGGCGGGAAUAAUUCUGCUCAACAGCAACAACAGCAGCAGCAACAACAACAGCAGCAACAACAACAGUCAUUCGGCCUGCAAGGGAAUUUUCAUAACUUUGGUCACGAGAGAAUUCAACAGAACUCAAACUGGGGAGAGAUAAAUAGCUCUGGAUUAGGUCACGAUUGGACUGCUCUUGACCCUGCUAUAGUUACCGGUCAACUCUCUCAUCCAGAGAGAGAUAUGUCACGUGAUCUACUAGCUGGGAGUCUACGUGGUGAACUCGGGUUCGGUCGGGCUGAAUCUCCGCCAAACUGGAUAACUGCAAACCUGGAGCAGUUGACUAGUGAGCAGCACCAACCCUUCUCUCAGUCAAGCCUUCUACCUGGAUUCAAUUCUCUAGGCCUAGGAGGCCGUAACGGGCAUAAUAUGGGACAAGGUGGUCAGCUGGGUGGGUGGGGAGGAAGCACAGCUACACCUCCUCCAGGCUUCAGUCAGCACAGAGCAACACAGCUUAGACAGCACUACCCGGGGUUCAGGCAAAACAAAAACUCAGAAGCACAGAAAAUUGGAGAGUUUUAAUGUAAUCUGCAAGCAAGAAUCUAUGAACCCAGCAAACUAGCUGCAAUCCUGUUCGUAAAUACAGAGGAGCAGGAGCACAUACACUACACACCGUUAAACCUGCAGAUAUACAGUACACCAGUUCCUGGAGUAAACUGAACCUACAUGUUUAAGUUCAGAAACUUGAGUUAAACAUACAGUUCAGUUCUGCUACUAGAGAUGACCCUACAGUUCAGUUCAACUACUGGAGUUAAACCUACAGUUCAGUUCAGCUACUGUAGAGAAAACGGGAAUUAAGUUGAGCUACUGGAGUUAGUUAAGCUACUCCAGUUAAACCGCUGUAGCGUACCAAAUCUGCAUGUAAAGCUCAAUACAGAGCUAGUUGAAUGAGAUCAGCUACUGGAGCUAGUUAAACUAGAAAAUUCCAGUCUUUUGAAAACUAGUUUAUUUAAUUAUAUUUGUUUGAGCUGGUUGAACUAUGUUAAUUAGAUAUUCUUACUGAACUAGCCUAGCUAGCCAACUAAGCUGAGCUAACCUAUCUUGAACCUCAUCAUUUACAGAUCAGGAAACUUGUGUUAAAACACGAUUACAAGAUUUUACUAGAUUUCCUUGCAUCAGUUAAUGAUGUGGUUAAAAUACUAAGAAUUUGUAAUCGUGUGGGAUUAUGUGGGGGAAGAAUUUAAAGCGUCACAUCGUCGCUGUGAUUCAUUUAAACUUAUAAUAGAUACUAUCAAUUCUUUUAAUACAGUCAGCUUUAUUGUUAAUUAUAAAUAAAACCAUUUGUUUUAUUUUAUUUGCUUGCAAUUGGUUUCAAUCUUUUGUUCAGAUAUUACUUAAUAAAAUGAUACAUCAUCAACUUUUAAAAUUAA